AUGGAAGAGGUUCAGCCCCUGGAUGUUCUCAUUAUUGGAGCUGGCCUUGCUGGCCUUGCUGCAGCCAUUGCCCUUGGAAAACAGGGCCAUCGCGUUGUAAUUUUAGAAAAGUCGUCGUUUCUCAGAGAGGCUGGAGCAGCCAUUCAUUUACCUCCGAAUUGUACUGCGUUGUUGAAUUGGAUGGGAGUCGACCCAAAAGAAUUUGGUGGAACUUUGCUUCAUGAGAUUCACACUUACCGAUUUGAUGGUGAGCUGAAAUUCAAAAAGGAAUUUGCCGAUGUUCGUUCUACUUGGCAAGAUGAAUGGUACCUGGUUCACCGGGUAGACUUGCAUAAUCAUCUCAAGAACCGAGCUAUAGAGACAGCGGAUCUCCAUACAGGGUGCAAGAUCACAUCGAUUGAUAUAAAUUCAAGUUCCUCGCGCCCAUCAGUUACUUUGAAAGAUGGCCGCAAGUUUGAAGCCGAUCUCUUACUUGGUGCAGAUGGGUUACAUUCCCAGGUUCGUGGCACCAUUGCUCCAAGCGCACCAGCACCAUACAAAGUCGGAAAGGCGUGUUUCCGCUGGCUGAUCCCCACUGAGGAUCUACAGAAGCACGAGUCAACAAAUGAAUUCGUCAAAGAAUCAGGCAUCUUCAUUGAAUGGGCUGCUGAUGAUCGUCGUCUUGUUGCAUACCCAUGCUCCAAUAGCAAAGUUUACAAUCUGUGUGCUUUUGCGCCUUCCGAGGAAAUGACAGGUGACACUCAGGCAGAUGGUUGGCAAACAAGUGGAGACAAAGAGACCAUCAUUCGGGUUUUCUCCAAAUUUUCACCAGGUGUUCAGAAGAUCGUCGAGAGUGCUGACGAUAAGCUCAAGUUGGGCAUGCUGCUCUCAUUGGAGACGCAGCGCAUCCGUUUCAGCCAUGUGAGUUUAUCCAAUGGAAAUUUAGUUGAUCAGUUACAUCCUGAUGUUGAGUAUCACUUACUGACGAGUCUGUACCGUCAUGAAAAAGACAUGGGUCAAGGAGGCGCAAUGGCUAUUGAAGAUGCAGUGGGAAUUGCUACAUUGCUUCCGAUUGGUAUCAGAAAGAAUCAAAUCCCCGAUCGCCUGAAGAUGUAUGAAUCUAUCCGUCGACCGCGUGUCGAGUACGUCCUCAAAUACACACGAUUGAACGGUCGCGAUGAGAAUGAUAGCGCAAGCGCCAGAAUCACCCCUGCUGAGAUGGUGAGAGUUAUGGGGGUUUGCUUCUCCUACAAUGAGAUUGAUCAAUGUCGGAAGAUUCUGAGCGCGCAGUAA